UUUACCAUUAGGAACGCCGUCGAAUCAUCAUCAUGGGGAAAGCGAAGAAGAAGAAGAAGGGGGCGGCGGGCUACACGUGCGGCGAGUGCGACGCGAAGUUCGCACACCGCAGCGAGCUCCUGCGCCACCUGACGCAGCACCGCACCAUCCCGCACGGCGCGCACCGCUGCACGACGUGCCAGCGCCGCUUCACGUCUCCCGCGCAGCUUGGCCGCCACUGCUGCAUGCGCGUCGAGGGCCAGUUCGACUGCGUCUACUGCGGCGAGACGUUUCGCACGCAGCCGCUGCGCGCGGUGCACGUAGCCGGCGAGCACGCGGGCGACGUGGCCGGCGUCGUGACGUGCGUAACCUGCGAGGUGGUGUUCAGGACGCACGAGCAGACGAACGCUCACUACAACAUCGCGCACAUGUCGAAAUGCCCUGUGCUCAGAUGCAAUAAGUGUGAGUUCAAGACUGGCAAUAUGUCGGAACUGAAACAGCAUAAGUGCGAAAAACAGAAGAAAAGUCCUCAGAAAAAAGCAUUGGCACAGUCUUCUAAAUCUGUAACAAAAUCUUCAACAACAGCAGCAGACACUAAGCAAAGCACCUCCACCACUGCUGCACCCGGUGGUGCAAGCAACGCGCCCCGAAGUCGGAAGCGGGCGGCUCCAACGACACAGUUCGCCUACAUGUGCGGGGAGUGUGACUUGACUUUCGAGAUACGUGCGGAGCUGGUGGCACACCUCGCGAAACAUCGCGGAGGCCAGAGUCUUCUCGCCAGCAAUCACAAGUGCUCCACCUGUCACAGGAAGUUUUCUCACGCACUGAAUCUUGGAAAGCACGUCUGCAUCGAUAUGGAAGGGUGCUUUGACUGCAUCUACUGUGGAGAGCGCUUCACCUUACAAAAAGAGCGUGCACAACAUAUAAUGGAUGAUCAUGUGGAGUCGGACUUUGUCAAGUGCACUGUGUGUAGAUGCAACUUCAAGGAUUUGAUGCAGCUGCAGUCUCACACAGACAAACUGCAUUCCAGUAGGAGUGCACUGACACAGUGUUUAAGGUGUCACUAUCAGUCAAACGACGUGAGUGCCAUAAAGUAUCACAGGUGCGACGACACGAUUGCGGCUGGUGCAGGUGGCGAUAACAACAGGAAUGCUGGCUCUAGUAGCGGAAAAUCUAGCAAGACUCGCAAGACGACCAGAAAACGGAAGCAUAGCAGCGAAAGUGACAGCGGUGAUGACAGCCAUGACAGCGAUGAUGACAGCGGUGACAGCAGUGACAGCCAUGGCAGCGAUUAUGUCAUGCCACGUAACCGGAAGAAGAAGAUGCAGGCACAGGCCCAAAGUGCAGGCACAAGAAGGUCUCAGAGGAAGAGCAGCAGCUGAUAAAUGAUGAUGAUGACGACGACGCAUGUGUAUACGACACUGUACAAUGUGCGUGCCGUGGGUGUGUGCGUGUGUGUGCGUGUGUGCUUGUGUGCGUGUGUGUUUGUGUGUGCGUUCAUGCAUGCGU